UAAAAAUCGAUUAGAAUCAAAGAAUCUAGCUGAGAAAAAUGCAGACAAUUAACUAAAAUACAGACAGAAAAUCCGUCUAAAAUACCUGUUUACAGAUAUUAUCUGUAAGAAGUGCAGACAGUGUCUGUAAAAAAACCCCUGUAGGGCAGGAGGCGACACAGCGUCAUGACCCUGCCAUUAAAUUCAAAUUAAGUUAGUAAAUCUGCUACAUGCGAGACACUUUCCCAGUUGUAAACAAGCUUUCGGUACUUAGGGAUAUCUAGGAUCUCAUCAGCGAGAGGAGCAGGCGAGUAUAUUUUCUUUUAUUUUCCUGUCCAACUCGGCGUAUCUGUGGCGUGGAGUACCCCUCUUUUACACCCUUGCACACAAGCAAUCGUGCCCUCUCACCAUUUGCCCAUUUACAAAGGCUACUCCAAGGAGACUUACUCGGAUUGUCUUAAAAGGACACGUUUUCCGACUUCACCAGAUGCUGGCGGCGGCCUGUCCAAACUGUCGGUAUUCUUUCACACCCAAUCGACAAGGUAGGAACACCAGAUAGAGCUCAAGAUUAUUUAAAACCAUGCUGACUUGAUUGCCGAUAGGCUUUCACAAUUCCCCGACAACUCGUAACGAUUGUUGUGCAACCAUACACACAGUCAAUCAAUCGCAUCCAACAUGGCGGGUCCAGUUCCAACACGUGUUUUCGCCGGUGCAACAAUCCCCCACACACCACUCAUCACUAAAGCACUCGAAUACACACGAGCUCACUCCACAGAUUUCGCAUUCAAUCAUGUCCAGCGCUCCAUGGUCUUCGGCUUCAUCAUGGCAUCGAAGAUCCCGAGUCUAGCGGAUCGUGAUCUGGAGGUCCAUGCCAUUGGAGCCCUGAUGCAUGACAUUGGGUGGGAUCCAACGGGAGAGCUAAUUUCGAAGGAUAAGCGGUUUGAGGUUGAUGGUGCGAAUGCUGCGCGCGAGUUUUUGAAGAGAGAGGCUCCGGAUUGGGAUAAGCAUCGGUUGCAGCUCGUCUGGGAUGCAAUUGCUCUCCACACCACAGGAACCAUAGUUUUCCACAAGGAAGAAGAAGUCCAAGCAGUAGCCUACGGCAUCUGGGCCGAUUUUCAAGGUCCCGAUCGCAUUGAAGGCAAUUUGUUGACAUGGGAUGAAUACAAUGUCGUGGUAGCCGAGCUACCUCGCUUGAAUCUGAUGAAGGGUUUGAAAGGGUUAAUGUGUCAUUUCUGUGAGACGAAACCGGCUACUACGAUGGACAAUACGGUUGGGGAGUGGGGUGAUAAGUUUGUGAAAGAUUAUGAUCGAACGGGGAAGUUGACUUGUGACUUGUUGCUUACGUGUGAUUUGGAUGGGAAGACGCUUUUGGAGGACCCUUGA